GGAAGUGCAGUGCUGCUGGAGGAAACACAUGGAUUGUCGGUAUCCGCGUGUGUAAAGUCUUAAUGGCAUAGGAAACUCGACUGUUUAAAGAAACAUGGCCUACUCCGGGUUGCAGUUCAAGACUAAUUACGCCGUCACCAGAAAAAUUGAAGCUUUUUACAAAGGAGGAAAAGUCCAGAUAAAUAAAGAUGGGACGUAUCUGUUCUGUACCUGUGGAAAUAAACUCAACAUACUGGACAUUGCAACAGGGACUGUCGCUUAUUCCAUUGAGCAGGAGGACCAAGAAGAUAUAUCGUCAUUUGCACUCAGCCCAGAUGAUCAGGUCCUGGUAACCGGAAGCCGGGCUCUUCUGCUGAAGCAAUGGGAAUGGAAAGAAGGCGUCUGUUCCCGAACCUGGAAAGCCAUCCAUACGGCCCCGGUUGCCAGCAUGACCUUCGAUUCCACCUCCACACUCCUGGCCACAGGAGGCUGCGACAGCACCAUUAAGAUCUGGGAUGUUAUCAAGCAGUAUUGCACCCACAACCUAAAGGGAUCCUCCGGAGUCGUACACCUGGUACAGUUUCACCCGGACAUGUCCCGCCUGCAGCUCUUCUCAUCCUCCAUGGAUUACACGAUACGGAUGUGGGAUUUAAAAUCCAGCCGAUGCCUGUGUGUGCUGGAAACCCACUACAGCGCCGUGACCUCGCUCUGCUUCUCACCUGAUGGCGAUACAAUGAUAAGUUCAGGCAGAGAUAAGAUCUGUACCGUAUGGGACUUGAAGACCAGAAGCUCUAAGAGGACAGUGCCUGUGUAUGAGAGUGUUGAGUUUGUCCUCCUUCUCCCCGACUCCCCUGAAACUACUGACCAAGAAAAGGAUACAAAACCUCUUCACUUCCUGACGGCCGGCAGCAAAGGUAUGUUGCGGGUGUGGGAUGCGGCAUCGGCGAAGUGCGUGCGCAGCCAGACCUUGCCGCACGCGACAGCAAAAAUCUCAGAGGAUGAGACCAGCGAGCACAGCCUCACCUACUGCCUGCUUCUCCCGAACCAGCAGGAGGUUCUCACAGUGACGGCGGAACACAACAUAGCCAUCUACGAUCUCCAGAAUCUCCAUCUGGAAAAGCAGUUUGCGGGCUACAAUGAUGAGGUUCUGGAUGUGAAGUUCCUGGGUCCAUCCGACUCCCAUAUUGUGGUUGCCACCAACAGCCCCCAAUUGAAAGUGUUUGAGCUGGCCACGUCAGACUGCCAGAUACUCUACGGACAUACAGAGACCGUUCUUGCCCUGGACGUGUUUAAGAAAGGCCUCCUGUUUGCCAGCUGCGCUAAGGACAACACCGUCAGAAUUUGGCAAAUGAAUAAGGUCUCCGGGAAGGUGGCGUGCGUGGCACAGGGCAUUGGCCACACGAAUGGCGUGGGAGCAAUCUCAUGUUCAAGAAUGAAGGAAUCCUUUCUCGUAAGCGGCAGUCAGGACUUCACCAUGAAGUUAUGGAAGCUCCCAGAAUCCAUCUCUUCCAAGAACACGGACGGCAAGCUCCCUGAGCUUGAAACUUUGCAUGCGUGUGUCACGGAAAAGGCACACGACAAGGACAUUAACAGCGUUGCGGUGUCACCCAACGACAAGCUCAUCGCCUCGGGGUCUCAGGAUCGGACGGCCAAGCUUUGGGCAGCCGCUGACUGUUCGCUGCUGGGUGUCUUCCGAGGACACAAGAGAGGCAUCUGGUGUGUGCAGUUUUCCCCUGUGGACCAGGUUUUAGCAACAACGUCAGCAGAUGGAUCGCUUAAGCUUUGGGGUCUGCAAGAUUUCAGCUGCCUGAAGACAUUCGAGGGUCACGAUGCCUCGGUGCUGAAGGUGAUAUUCGUCAGCAGAGGCACGCAGAUGCUUUCGAGCGGGUCGGAUGGGCUUCUGAAGCUUUGGACCAUUAAAACCAACGAGUGUGUUAAAACCUUGGAUUCCCACGAGGAUAAGGUGUGGGGUCUGCACAGCAACAGACAGGAUGAUGCCGUCGUGACCGCGUCCGCAGACUCCACCAUCGUCCUGUGGAAGGACGUCACAGAGACCGAAUUGGCCGAAGUCCAGGCAAAGCAGGAGGAGGAGAUCCUAAAGCAGCAAGAGUUGUCCAACCUUCUACACGAGAAGAGAUUCCUGAAGGCGCUGGGUCUGGCCAUCUCCUUAGACCAGCCCCACACGGUGCUAACAGUCAUUAAAGCUGUCCUACGAGAGCCUCAGGGAAGAGACGAUCUAGAGACAAACAUUCUAAGACUGCGUCAGGAUCAGAAAGAGGCCAUACUCCGCUACUGCAGUGUGUGGAACACAAACUCCCGCAACUGCCCCGAGGCUCAGUCCGUGCUGAACGUUCUUUUAACCCACGAGUCUCCCGAAACCCUGCUGCAAUACAACGGGAUCCGUGGCAGCGUGGAGGCUCUCAUACCCUACACCGAGCGACACAUGCAGAGAAUGGGGAAGUUGCUCCAAGCCUCCAUGUUUGUGGACUUCAUGUGGCAGCAUAUGAGGCUGACGGACAUACCGCAGCAAGAGGAAAAGAUGUCCGUGUCGCUUCCCGCGGCUGCCAAUCAAACCGGGAAUAAACCAGCGGACGUGGCGGUAUAAGGACCUCAUCCCAGAUGUCGGCCACGAUGUAACCAGGCGUUUCAUUGGCUGACGGGAAGACCUCCUGUGUUACCUGACGUGCUAAUGGACAUUGCAUUAGCCGAUUAGUAGAUCUCCCCGUCAGGAGACAGGAUUUCUCCACCAGUUGUGAUGCCUUUUACUGGACUUUUUGUAAACAUUUCUAUUUUUUUGCUCUCUCGGGAUCCCGUUUAUUUAACCGAUUCCGACACCAACUCGGCAGCCGCUCCUCAGCAAUAAAGAAAUUCCAACUAA